AUGCUUUAUUUGAUUGGGCUUGGUCUAUCUUACAAAUCAGACAUCACUGUUCGUGGUUUGGAAGCUAUCAAGAAAUGUUCUAGAGUUUAUUUAGAGCACUAUACCAGCAUCUUAAUGGCUGCCAGCCAAGAAGAGUUAGAAGCAUAUUAUGGUAAGGAGAUCAUCUUGGCUGAUAGAGAAUUAGUUGAGACCGGUUCCAAACAGAUUUUGUAUAACGCUGAUAAGGAAGACGUUGCUUUCUUGGUCGUGGGUGAUCCAUUUGGUGCCACCACACACACGGAUUUGGUCCUUAGAGCUAAACGUGAGGCAAUUCCCGUUGAAAUUAUUCAUAAUGCAUCUGUUAUGAAUGCGGUUGGAGCAUGUGGCUUGCAACUGUAUAACUUCGGUCAAACCGUCUCCAUGGUAUUCUUCACCGAUAAUUGGAGACCUGACUCAUGGUAUGACAAGAUCUGGGAAAAUAGAAAAAUUGGCCUUCAUACUUUAGUGUUAUUGGAUAUUAAGGUUAAGGAACAAAGCAUUGAAAAUAUGGCCCGUGGCAGACUAAUUUACGAACCACCAAGGUAUAUGUCUAUCGCACAAUGUUGUCAACAGUUAUUAGAGAUUGAAGAGAAAAGAGGCACGAAGGCGUACACUGCAGAUACUCCUGCCGUUGCAAUUAGUAGAUUAGGAUCAAGUUCCCAAAGCUUCAAGUCUGGUACCAUAAGUGAAUUGGCCAAUUACGAUUCGGGUGAGCCAUUGCACUCGCUGGUCAUUCUUGGCAGACAAUGUCAUGAAUUAGAGCUGGAAUACUUGCUAGAGUUUGCCGACGACAAAGAAAAGUAUGGGAAAGAUGUGGCGAAUGACCAAGAGUAUUUCAAACCUGCGGCAUGGGUCCCACCGGUGGAAGACAAAAGCGACGAGUAA